UAUAAAUAGGUCUGCAGAAGGUGUUGAAUGGUAUCAGACAGUAGUUCAAGCUUUCGAACCACAAACUUUAAAACAAAACAACCAUCAACAUGUUCAAAUCCGCUAUUGUCAUCCUCGCCAUCGUUGCCUGCGCUGCUGCCAAGCCAGGACUUCUGGGAGCUCCUCUGGCCUACACUGCUCCUCUGACUUACGCCGCUCCUGCCGCCGUGGUGGCUGCUCCUGCCCCAGUUGUGACUGCCACCAGCAGCCAGGUGAUCGCCAGGAACUACAAUGGAAUCGCAGCUGCUCCCGUUGUUGCCCCAGUGGCAGCUCCUGUCAUCGCCAAGUACGCCGCUGCUCCGAUUGCUACUCCUUUGGCUGCUCCUGUGGCUGCUCCCCUGGCAACUCCAUUCGCUGCCCCCAUUGCAGCUCCAGUGAUCGCCAAGUACGCUGCUGCUCCUCUGGCUACACCCCUGGCUUACUCUUCUCCUUUGACCUACAGUUCCCCUCUGAGCUACGCUGCUCCUGCCCCUCUUCUGAUCUAAGCAAUGAAUGCCAAUAAAUGUGAUAAUAAGAAUCGAUA